CAAAUAACAUAAUGUCAGCCAUUGCCAGCAAAGUCUUACCAAGAACCAACAAUGGUACUGGUGCAUUUGUGCUCCAAUGUCGUAAAAUGGUUUUCAACUACUGUGAAAAAUGGGGAAGCAACAAAGGCAUGGUAGAAUACAUCAAGAAAGAUCUCGCUAAAUUUGCACAAGAACAUCCUCAAAUCGAAGUUGUUGUUCAACCUAGACCAGCUCAUCACCCUGUUAUUCGAGGCUAUUAUUUAAAUGGCCGCGAUAAAGUCAUUUGUACUCGUAAUAUGACACCAGGACAAAUCAAUACCAAAGUCCAACUCUUGAGAGAUUCUAGUGGAGAGAAAUUAAAGAACUUAACAAAGAAACCAGUGAUUUCCACUACAGAGAGUGUGCGCGGUAUCUGGUCACCUUUCAAUGCUCAUCCUCAUACUAUUUAAAAACU